AUGAAUGUAUUUGCUUGCUAUUGGAAAGCAGUGACAACACCAUUAGGUUUAAUCGUUCUUCUAUCGGUGGUGCUAAUGCAGGUAACACGUAAUUUGUCUGAUGCUUGGUUAGCUCAUUGGGUAACCGAUACAACAUUGGAUAAUAACACCUCUAGCGAUAAUUCUCUGGAUCGUGUCAUACAACCAUCCUGGUGGAAAGAAUCUAACAAUUCUACAACAGCUGGUCAUACAACAGCAUAUUAUUUGUCAAUUUUUGCUUCAUUGGCUUUAACGAAUUCUUUAAUGACUUUAGCUCGAGCUUUUCUAUUUGCCUUUGCUGGCCUGAAGGCUGCCAAAUAUAUUCACGACAAAUUGGUUAAUAAAGUAAUCUAUGCUAAAUUUAGCUUUUUCGAUGUCACCUCAGUGGGACGUAUUUUAAAUCGUUUCUCUUCAGAUACCUACACUGUCGAUGAUUCCCUGCCUUUUAUUUUGAAUAUUUUAUUGGCUCAAGUUGUGGGUCUAGUGGGUUCAGUAUUUAUUAGUUUAUAUGCCAUGCCUUGGUUAAGUUUAGUUGUCAUACCCAUGGUUCCUGUAUACUUAAGUUUACAACAUCGUUAUCGUCAUGCCUCGCGUGAUAUCAAACGCCUUUCCAGCAAUGCUUUGUCGCCCCUAUACACUCAUUUUACCGAAACCUUACAGGGUCUAGUCACUAUUAGAACAAUGCGUGUAAGUAUACGUUUCCAACGUGACUUUCAUGCCAAGUUGGAGGAAAGUAUUAAGGCUCAAUUGACUUCUUCGGCUGCACAAAAUUGGUUGAGCAUACGUUUGCAGUUGUUGGGUGCAUUCUUGGUGGGUGGUGCUGGCAUAUUGGCAGCCAUUACUUCAGCUCAUGCCACUAAUCCUGGUCUAGUAGGCUUAGCCAUAUCGUACGCUUUAAGUAUUACCCACAUAUUGGGAGGAGUUCUCAAUGCAGUGGCCGAAACCGAACAAGAACUGGUGGCUGUUGAGCGUAUAGAACAGUAUUUACAAUUAGAGGGAGAAGAAAAUGCUGAAGGCUGUAUAAAUCCUCCCUUUGGUUGGCCUACCCAAGGAGCUUUAAGCUUUAAAAAUGUCCAGCUUUCCUAUAGGGAACAUUUAUCACCCGCUAUACGUAAUUUAAAUUUUAAAACAGAAGCUUUUGAGCGUUUAGCUAUAGUGGGACGCACUGGAGCUGGUAAAACUUCUAUAUUAGCGGCCUUAAUGAGAAUAGCGCCUUUAAGUAAAGGCGAGAUUACAUUGGAUAGUGUAAAUUUGAAAACUUUAGCAUUAAGUGUUUUGCGUGAUCGUAUCGGCAUUAUACCACAAGAACCGUUUCUUUUCGAGGGUACUGUUCGCGAAAAUCUUGAUCCUCGUUCAUCAUACUAUGAUUCGGAAAUUUGGCAUGCUAUUACCAACUGUUCAGCAGCCACCUACCUAGUGCAAUCUUUAGGUGGUCUCGACGGCAAGCUUGAUAGGGGCGGCAUUAAUCUAUCGGCUGGUCAAAAACAAUUAUUGUGCCUAGCCAGAGCUUUACUUAAAAAUUCCAAAGUUAUUUGUAUAGAUGAGGGCACUUCGAAUCUGGACAACGAUACCGAAUUUGCCAUGCAUCAGGCAUUGCGCUCAUCCUUCAAAAGUUCUACAGUAAUAUUUAUUGCCCAUCGUUUGAAUGGCCUACACAAUAUGGAUCGUAUUAUUGUAAUGGAUCAGGCUGAAAUAAAGCAGGGCUCACCACAAGAAUUGGCUUCUAAUACAAAUUCCCUCUUCUACAGUAUGUUACAGGCUCAACAUAUUAGUAUUGAAGAGUUUACGAAUAGUGAAUAAUAAAUAGUUUUCCUAUUAUAUUUAGUUUAUUUUUAAGUUUUUUCCUUCUUUUAAUUAAUUUUAAUACUACUACAUAUUUAUUUUCUUAAAUAAUUAUUUUAAAAUUUUUUAAUACAAAUG